ACCUAAUGGCGAUGAUGUUAGCUACAAUUUGAACCGUCUUUGCCGUACGUUAGAUCUAUAGAUGAGAGAGGUUUCAAUUGAAACUAUAUAAAAACAUGGCAGCUGAAAGAUUAGAUAUAGACUCUAAGGCAGAUUUAGUUACCCAGGAGUCAAGCGAGGAGCCCCCUUCUAAACGCCCUCGAUUUGAAAUUGAGGAAGGUAGCAGUAACCAGACAUCAGAUUUCACAGGUGAUGGUGAUGUUCAUAGCCUGAAACGAUCAGAUACUGUCGAGUAUGAUUUGGUGGGAGUGCUAGAAAGUAAAAAUGGUGUGCAAGAGGAGGUCAAAGCGGGGUCAGGGAUCACAGGUGGUUCUACCCUGAAUGGUACUCAGGAGUACAAUCUUGAAGGGAAAACAACAGAAAAAAGCAAUGGUAAUGAUGACAUCACAAAGGGGUCACAGGUCAUGGAUGAUUCUACCGUCUGUGGUACACAGGAGUAUAAUUUAGAGGAUGUAGAAAAGAAUUAUGGAACUGAUGAGGUCACUGAGGGGUCAGAGGUUGUGAACCAUUCUGACCCCAGUGGUACACAGGAAUAUAAUUUAGAGGCUACUAACAGAAAAAAUGAUGGAACAAAUGAGGUCUCAGGAGAGUCAGGGGUCAAAGAUAAUGCUUCUAUCACAGAAAAUGAACAGAAAAAUAUUGAUGCUCAGGAGGUCACAGAAAGGUCAGCAACAGAAAAUGUGAUCACUGAGGAAAACACAAAUGACUUACCUGUUGUGCCUACCCUUACAAAAAUCCCAUCUGUGUUGCAGGAUGCUGAACUCAUAGCAGGUAUUGUUGACGGGGUUGAUGCUGAUGUGAUUUAUAACAAACUAAAGGAACACAGAGGAAACCCUGACCGUGUCAAUUUGGUGACCAAUGAAAUUCUGGAGGAAGCUGGGCAUGCUUUGACUUCCUCAUCAACACAACAGCAGCUGGGCCAGACUCCAUCAUCCUUCAUGGAGGAUUUUGUUUCCGUGAUUGACAAGUCCAUGGCUAACAUGUCUGCCCUGCCUCUGUCAGCCAAUGAAAUUCACCAGUUGUUACUUUCUGAGGGAGAACGAUUGGACAGGGUAGACAGAGUGGUCAGCAAAUUACUGACCAAGCAUUACAGUUCAUUACUGACCACUCGUGAAGAUUUUGCAGCAGAUGUCCAGAGAGUUAUUGAAGUCUUGCCAGGGGCUAACCCCAACGAAGUAUUUAGGUUGUUACAAGAAAGAGAGAACCAGGCCAAUAGGAUAGAUCUAGUGGUAAAUUUUCUGCAAAGUCGAUCUGUUACACGAUUGGCCAGGGUGGAGACGCUGCCUGAUGACCCCGCCCUCCAUCGUGACCCGCUCUACAGAGACAUGAGAAUAGUUGCUAAAGUGUUACCAGAUGUCAACCCAAACGAGAUAUAUGCUUAUCUAGAGGCCCACAACCAUCAGAAGAAUCGCAUCCAGUUGGUGAUUGAGGAGUUGAUGAGAAUUGUACCGACCAGCACCCCUAGUAUUGGAAGCAGCAAUGCAAGCUCACUAGAUGAUACAGUUCCUAUGGGAAAGAGGAUUGCUUACAAUAUCGGUGAUGAGGUGGAUGAGCUGAAGGGAGUCUUUCCGGACUGUGAUCCUACAUAUCUUUAUAAUGAGUUAGAGAAACGACAAGAUGAUAAAGAUCGUGUAAAAAACCUAGCAUGGGCCAUGUUUGAAAACAAGGAUUAUCCCAAAUACGCAGAGGUAAUGAAAGAGAAGGAAAAACUCACCAUAAAGGAACGAAUUGAAAAUAUGACAUUUGAUUUGAAGGACUUCUUAUCAAGGUUUCCAGACCCAUGCAGUACAUUUGAAGAAAGCAACAAGCUGAUGGGUGAAAACUACCGACAACAUGUGCAGGCACAGAUCAGAAAUGACUUCAGAGAACUAAAGACAGGAUUUCUUUUAUAUAUUACGACAAAAAACAAAUUCCAUUAUACUGCUAGCAAAAAGGAAAUACAGGAAAGGAUUAAAGAUCUGCCAGAAGAAUCCAGGAAGUAUAAACAAGUGCCCAGACAGGAGGAGCCACUGCCUGAAGAACCUGAUGAGUUUUUCUUUUACGAAAAAAUGUUUGUGGCUCACAAAGAUGAAAUUCUAGAUCAUCAAGAAGAGGAAAAGAAACUCAAAGAAUUAAAGCGAUUGCAAGCUAAAGAAAAUGAAGAACUUCUUGAAUGUGGUUGUUGUUAUGACGAUGAGUGCUUAAUUGAGGAUAUGGCAUCUUGUCAGGAUGGCCAUCUUUUCUGCAAGGACUGUAUAAAAAGGUCAUCAGAGGUUGCCAUUGGAGAUGGACAGUGUGUCUUUCCUUGUUUCACAGAUAAUUGUGAUUUUCAGUUCCCACUUCCUGUACUACAGGCUGUCAUGUCUCCAAACAUGUUCUCCAUCUUGUUGAGGAGAAUGCAGGAAGAGGAGGUCAAACAGGCAGCCAUACCAGACCUGGUCAGCUGUCCUUUCUGUAGCUUUGCUACCAUCAUCUCUAAUCCUAAUGAUAAAGUUUUCAAGUGUCUUAAUCCUGAGUGUCUAAAGGAAUCCUGUAGGCUUUGUAAGGAACCCAACCAUAUUCCACUCGGUUGUAAUGAGAUUGAGAAACAAGGAGAAAGGAAUAUGAGGACAUAUAUUGAGACCUGUGUGUCAGAGGCCAUGCUUCGUGAGUGCCACAUGUGCCACAGGAGGUUCUACAAGGAGUACGGUUGUAACAAGAUGACCUGUACCUGUGGUGCAUCCCAGUGCUACUUGUGUCAAAAGCCAGUUGAUGAUUAUGACCAUUUUGAUGAUGAUGAUGAAGAAAAGUGCAAUUUAUAUUCAAAUCCACGUGAACUCCAUAUCGCGGAGAUGAGAGCAGCAGUUGCAGCUGGUAUUGAGAAGUACAAAGCAGAACAUCCAGAGGCAGCUGACAUCACACUUAAAUACGAUGCAGAGAAACAUAUAGAGGAAUUGGCUGCGGAGUUUGCAGAAGAUGAAGAAUAUGAUCCUGAUGGAGGGGACAGUGAAGGGGAUGACAAUGAUGAUGGCUCAAAUCCAGAGCUGAGUUCAGACAAUGAUGAUAAUUGGAGAGAUGAUGAUGAUGAUGAGUUAUGAGAAAUGAACAGUACAGCAACCAUACUUCUGAAGUGUACCAAUGAGAAACGUAGUACGGUGGUUGUACUUUUGAAUUUCAUCAAUGGGAAAGGUACCGUGGCCAUAUUUCUGAAGGUUAUUAAAGAGGAACAUAUAUAAAUGAGAAAUGUACAGCAGGGUGGCUGCACUAUUGAGGGUCAUCGAUUAGAAAUGGACAGCUGGGUGGCUGCACUAUUGAGGGUCAUCGAUUAGAAAUGUACAGCUGGGUGGCUGCACUAUUGAGGGUCAUCGAUUAGAAAUGGACAGCUGGGUGGCUGCACUAUUGAGGGUCAUCGAUUAGAAAUGGACAGCUGGGUGGCUGCACUAUUGAGGGUCAUCGAUUAGAAAUGGACAGCUGGGUGGCUGCACUAUUGAGGGUCAUUGAUUAGAAAUGUACAGCAGGGUGGCUGCACUAUUGAGGGUCAUCGAUUAGAAAUGGACAGCUGGGUGGCUGUACAUCUGAAGGUCCUCAAUGGGAUAUGUCCAAUGUGGUUGCCCUACAUAUGAAUGUCAUCAGUGAGAAACAUUGAGUAGGAUGGCUGUACUUCUGAAGGUCACCAAGGAAAAAUGUACAGCAUUGUGGCCAUCCUCUGAAGGACAUCAAAGUCCUGGGUUUGGAUGUUCAAGUAGUUUGUGAUGAAUAAAUUAUUUACUUAUCAAUGAUUGUGAUACAUACACUGCAUUCUAUAUUAUUUUGGUUGUCAAUAUGUUGUAGAUAUCAGUUUCUGAAUUUAGUGAAAUAUUCCGGAGAUCAUAUACAUUAUCAGGCAGAUAAAAUAUGUUAGUCAAAGAACAACAAUGCAGAUUGAUUAUCAAAAAAUAGUAUUGUUUCUAAUUGUGUUCCUACAAGGCUGCAUUUAUCAAAGAGCAUUAAUCAGAACUUAACACAAAAUUUUUGUCAAGUAUUUUAAUUUCAGAUAUGUUGAUGGUGUGUUCUCUUUAAAUCAAACAUUAUUGACCAAAUCAGUAGGCCGCUAAUGACAUGACAUACUAUUAAUAAUAAUACAAAGACAUGACAGACAGCAAACCAUUUGGUGGUUUCAAAUUUCUGUGUAUGAGUAUUAAUUUCUUUACAGUAAAUUCCUAUCUGUUAGUGUUGUGGUUGAUGAGACAUUCAAGUGUAUAAUUUCAAUAUAUACAGUAAAACAUGGAUAAGUGGAAGUCGAUGGGACCAAAUGAAAUAUUUGACUGAUCAGAUGGUUCGACUUAGCCGUGUUUCUAUGACCGGGGACAUUUUGCGUCAAUCUUAUUUCCGGUUUACCGGAUACGUUUCUCAUUGCAUGGCGUGAUAGUAAUGAAAAAGUAAUAAAUAAACGAAAAUAUUU